CUCAUUCCGUCUUCGAGCUGGAUAGGUAUCCCACAUCCAGUAUUGUAUUCCUCCAAAUUCCAUCUAAAUUCAAUUUGACCAAAAAUUUUGGAUUUCUUUUUCGGUCAAACGUUUAAAAUUUCCGAUCUGCAGAAUGCCUCUAGGUGUGAAUGCCUCUCGGGGACUGCUCCGUUCGAACACAAUGGUGCGGAAUGCGAUAGGCAGUUUGCGAUUCGCAUCCGGUUGUGAGAAAGGCGAGGGCGCAAACAGAUGCCCCAAGGUGCUGACCAAGUUUCCCUGCGGCAAGCCGGAUAUCCAAGCGAAGAAGGCGAAGAAGCCCAAGAUGAUCAAGCAGGUGUCCAUGUGGCUGAACCCGUUCUGCGAUCCCGAGGACACUGUCUGUCCCUUCAAUCCGCGCUUCGACGACAUCUACUACGUGGAAUCGGACAAGGCCAAGCGCAAGUACUGGCAGACGUGGGUGGCCUGUCCGCCCAUCCAGAUCAAGCCCAAGAAGAUUUGCUGCUUCGCCCAGGCCAAGCCGGCGCCCAUCAAGCGCCGCAAGCCCUCCGCCAAGCCCUCGACCGCCUGUCCGCAACCCUGUCCGGAUAAAAAGGAGGAGCUGUGUCCCCGCCUGGCCCGUCGCUGCCAUCGCGAUGGUCGCCGGCCACCGUCCUGCAAGAGGGAACGCGGACCCCUGCCCUGCGUGAAGCCAAGGACCCCGUAUCCCUCGUUCUCGGAGUGCCAGCGCCUCAAGCCCGGCGCCCUGCCCCUGAAGGAGUGCACCUGCCUGGUGAAGCCAUUGCUCUGCGAGAUUUGGGCCCAGUUCCGCAGACGUGCCGUUAGGAAAGGUUAAAGCACAAAUUCCAUCGACAUUCUGGAGCAUUUAAAAAUUUUAUUUGUAUGCGGAAGAGACGAAUAUUCCCUGAGUGUCUGGAGGAUACCGAAGGAUAUGUGGGCAUCAAAACGGAUUCUUGGCCAUGUUUGUGACGAGGGUCCAGAGCAGCGGAUUGCAGUCACUGUAGGUGCGCUCGCAGUCAGCUCCUCCACGUCCGGCAUCCCGGGCGUGUAAAUACUUUCCGGCCACAUUGUCCAAGCUCGGUCUGAGAAUAAUUUCAAAUUAAUCGUGUUCUCCGAUUCCAAAUAAAAGCUGUUCUUACACAA